UGAGAGGUCUAAUCGCAGUAAUUUAGCUAGACGCGUGCAUGCUUUGAGGGCAAAUGUGAAAAAUGCUAUGUCCCUGACUCGAAGGGAUGUUACAUUAGACUCGGACUGUGUUUGAAGCAAGACUCUCGCACCGCUGGUAUAUCUCGGAAUACGAUUUUGAUCUGUGGUUGUUUCAUUGCACCGGCAGUCUCAGUCGCUGCCCCAGACGCAAGACCAGCAAAGGAACCCACGCGAUUGGGAAGGUAUGGAUGAGCAGUCAUGCGUGUUGCCCAGCUGAGGCCCGUGAAGCACGAGAAUGUACAGGAGGAACGGUCUCACGGCCGGCGUUGCAGUCACCUCCGCCACUCCAGAGGGCAGCAGCAGCUCCGAGUCUCUGGAUGGGCCGAGCGUGGACUACGCCAAAAGCUACGACGCCGUCGUGUUUGACGUGCUGAAGGUGACGCCCGAGGAGUUUGCUAGCCAGAUAACGCUGAUGGAUGCCCCAGUAUUCAAAGCAAUUCAACCAGAGGAGCUGGCCAGCUGUGGGUGGAAUAAGAAGGAGAAGCACAGUCUGGCUCCCAAUGUGGUGGCCUUCACCCGCAGGUUCAACCAGGUCAGCUUCUGGCUGGUACAGGAGAUCCUAAUGGCCCAGACCUUGAAGAUCAGAGCUGAAAUCUUGAGUCACUUUGUGAAGAUUGCAAAGAAACUCCUGGAACUGAACAACCUCCACUCUUUGGUGUCUGUGGUCUCCGCUCUGCAGAGCGCCCCCAUCUUUAGGCUGAGCAAGACGUGGGCGCUGAUCAGUCGGAAGGACAAGGCCACAUUUGAGAAGCUGGAUUACCUGACAUCCAAAGAGGAGAACUACACACGCAUGAGGGAGCACAUCCAGUCCCUGAAGAUGGUCCCCUGUAUCCCCUACCUGGGGAUUUACCUGUUCGACAUGACCUACAUCGAUUCCGCCUACCCGGCCUCAGACAGUAUCAUUGAAACAGAGCAGCGGACCAAUCAGAUGAACAACCUCUUGCGAGUCAUCUCCGACCUGCAGGUGUCCUGCAACUAUGAUCACCUGGUGACCCUACCACAUGUACAGAAAUAUUUGAUGUCGGUACGCUACAUCGAAGAGCUUCAGAAGUUUGUGGAGGACGACAACUACAAGUUGUCCCUGAAAAUUGAACCCGGGACCAGCCUAGCCUCCUCCAAGGAAGACAUGACAGGAUCUUCCGAGGUUGCCGUCUCUGUGAGGUACAGCCGUCGGCCCACCUGCCCAGACACCUCUGUGAGCAUCCACCUGCCCACUCCCCCUCCAACCCGCCACAGGAAGAGCCACAGCCUGGGAAACAACAUGAUGUGUCAGUUCAGCUUGGCACAGAGCAAGAGCGCCACCUUCCCCAUUGACAAACCCCGCCACCUGCUGGACGACAGCUUCCUAGAGUCCCACAGCCCCGCCAGGGACCAGCCACAUAGCUCUGCCUACGCCAACGGCCUCUCUUUAGGCAGCAGCCAAAGUUCAGUCAGCGAAGAUCUCUCCAGCGCAGUCGAAAGGGGUCGCCUUUAUGCUACACUGGGCCCCAACUGGAAGGUUCCGGCUCGGAAUUCCCCCAGGAGCCGCACCCAUGUUCACAGCCCUCCAGGAGAAUGUGCUUUCCAAGGUGGCAGAGAGCCAGACAGCAUUACUAUUGAGGGCCCGUUGCGUAGGAAGACCCUGCUGAAAGAAGGGAAGAAGCCCACGCUCUCUUCCUGGACUCGGUUCUGGAUUGUUCUCUCAGGCACGAUGCUAACUUUCUACAGCUCAAAAGCACUGAGGGCCUCGGAGAGAAAGCAUUACAAAUCCACACCCUCUAAAAAGAUUUCACUGGCUGGAUGGAUGGUGGUGCUACCAGAUGACCCAGAGCAACCUAACAUCUUCCAGCUGAAUGACCCAGAUAAAGGAAAUGUUUACAAGUUCCAGACUGGAUCUAGGUUUUCUGCAAUCAUCUGGCACAAGAAUCUGGACGACGCCUGCAGGAGCUGCAGGCCAAAGAUACCAACCAACCUAAUGUCAUUUGAGUAGCUGAUGGGGCCUCAAGACAUAUAGUGCCAAACACAAUAAGGUAAGAGGAUGUGACCAAGCAAACCAGCUGGAAUUAUGGGAGACAGAAUGGAAGAAACAUGGAAUGUGGACAUUCAGCGUGACCACAUCAAUGUGGGCUUUGAGCCAGCGCAUCCUAUCCCAUCUGAGACUGUUGGGGGGGGGGGGGGACCUCACUGGGGUACCACAAGUGAAAUUGAGAAGACAAGCAAGCGACACUUCCUGCCUCUGGUCUGGGAGUGACAGUAUUGUGCUGUUUGUUCCUGUUAGCAACGCUGCGAGGGAACAAGGAUGCUGAUCUGCCUGAGUUGGGUUUUAAAAUGGAGGAGGAAAAGUCCCAUCAGAUAGGGAAUGACAGAUUUGGACUGUAAAGAGAGAGAUGAAGAGACUUUGCCCCAAAACUCAUCAGUAGGGAAUCCCAAUGCCUUUUGAACACUCCAAGAAGAGAAAUCCAAGAAAAAGUAAGUGGACAAUGACGAAUUCCAGCAGCUGGCUCUAAACUGUUUAGUGCUUUUUCAAUUAUCUGUUUUGCCCAUUGCAACCUUAGCUCCUCUUUAUUUUGCACAGAUACUUAUUUGGAGGAAUCACGUCACCCUAUCUUUUCCAUGGCAGAUCAGCUCAGUGCUCAUACAGUGGAGUUUCUUGGGUCAGUGCGUGCUACUGUUCACAGCAUGUGCUCCCACAAUACUAUCCUGGUUAAACCUGGUUUCCCAGCUCUGAUUCUCAGAACAGUCUUGCGUCUUGGUCCAUGUUUGGUCCGCAUGUUUGGUCCUGCACUGUGGUAUUCAAAAAGAGCCAAUGACUGUGUGUGAGUGUGUCAGAGGUUUGCGUUCAUUUCUCUGUGUGAGCACAGCGGGUGUUGCAGAGAAGUGGGAGUGAUGUAGUAUAAUUACCUAUUCUAAUAGGGUGAAAAAAUAGAGAAUGCAGGAGAUAAUCAAAAUGCAGAUAAAGAGAGAUACAAGAAGACUUACAAUAUUACUUUGCACUAAAUGCAUGGUGAUCAUCAGAUGAGGACAAUAACAAUAGGUGAAUGGUGAGAUUGCAGAAGGCAAAGACAGACUCUAAUACCUUAAAUGAUCAUUUAAAUGUUCAUUUACUGUGUGACUAGUGACAACAGACUUGGUGAGUAAGUAGGAAGGUCCUUUCUGAGGUCAUUGGACAGUGGUGAGCUGGGAUUUCAGCACAGGAAGGAAAUGGUCAGUUUUUAUGAUGGGUCCUCAUUUUCUGAUAAAAAAGAUGUGAGAAGUUAAAGGAACAACAAGUUGUGUCUGUCUUGCCGGUUGAGGACAUCAUAUGCAUUACCCCUGUCAGGGCUUCAUGUAAAACUGUCAGAGACUUUUAUUGAAUAAACGACAGAAGAAAACAUCCAUAACUAUACUUCCAGUAAAACCUUUUAAAUUAUUAUUCCAUAAAAAUGCCAUAGAACAAUCAACCCCUAACAAUCAAAGCUUUCACAAAUGGAGCCACUAGAAGUCAUUGUCCUCUCAAAUCUUAGGUCCUGAAUAAUUGCAGUCUCUCAAACUCUGAAAUUCAUGAAAUUAAAAAGGGAUCAAGAUUCAAACACCUCUCUAUUAUUAUUUUGACCGGGAUGACCCUAUUUUCAUUAUAACCUUUUACACUACUGAGCCAGCUGACAAAUCUUUUUUUUAUCUAUUAUUCUGUUAUCUGUGAAUGAAUGUCUCACUAGCUUUAUGUGAACAGUCAUGAGAUGGAGAUGGCUAUUUCAGUGUUGAAGAGCUGACCUGGCUGUAGAGCUCCACCUUACUUUUGAACUUUUAUACACUACACUUGUGUGUCACAAAAGCUAAGGAAAAAAUGUAUUUUGAUAAAUAACGAUGUCCUGUAAAUGAGCUUCUUGUCCUCCGCUUUUGAGUUUUUACUGAUUAAAAAUUUAUACGGUAUGUCAGUUGAACAUAUUAUGAUGGUAGGUCUAUGGAAGCUCCCGAUAGUUAGUGUUGAUAUUUUGUAUGACUUUAUUUUACAGAAGUUCACAGAACCUCUUUAGAUACAAUUUUGUGUGCAGUUGCUUUGUGCAGAUUGUAAUUUGUAAAUGAUAAUAAUAAUAAUAAUUCAGUUUUAUGUUUGUGACAGGACAACCGCAGCAGCCAGGCAAAAAAAAAAAA